AUGCCGCCUCCAGUGCUGGCCAUCAAGGCGGACGCUUCCUCGACGCGCGGCCGCUCCUUCCCGACGCCAUUCAAAUGCAGCGGGGACUUCUGCGGCUUCGCCUUGCAGCUGAGCCUGGCAGACGCCUCAGUGAACUCCCUCCAUGCCCACGCAAGAGGGAGGCGGGUGGCGGCGGCACCACCGCAGGCUUCGGCCGCCUCCGCGUUGUCGCUGCUCUUCACCAAGGAGGAGCUGCGGGCGUUGGGCGACGCCAACCUCAGUCGGUUGUUGGCGGCCAUGGAAGUUGCGCAGUCAGCAGGCAAGAGCAUCGACGGGAGGCCUCUUGGGGAAGGAGAGCUGCGUGUCAUCACCUACAAUCACGUGCGGCCCACCGCUGGUCCGUCAACCUCCCCGACUAAAGCUCGACGGCAGUCCCAUCUACUUGACAGCACUCUGUCGCAGGAGCUGAGAGAGAACUCACGAUCGCGCGUGUAUGGAGAAAUGGACGGAGUGUCCAAUUACUACCGCCAGGUACGCGUUUGCGCCGACUGCUACGCUGUGUAUGCACUGCUGGAUCUUGCACGGCAGAUGGCUGCCGGGGCGCUUCCCGAAGAUGCGCAUGCACUUGGCCAGCAGAAGCAGAUCCAGUUGAAACGAAAGGAGCAACAACUGAGUCGCCAGAGAGCUUCCAUUGAAGACAAGUGGGAGGGGCGAGUAGCGCAGGAAGUCCGGGAGAAAGAGGCCAUUCUUCUACGCAAGCACCACGGCACCUCCAAGCAGAAGAAAACUUCGCUCGAAGCUGCGGAAUCAACCAUCACGGAUGCCAUCGAUGAAGAAGGGGUCAAUGCAACCUCUUCUUUACCUGUUUUACCCAGCAGCAACUCGAGUGCUCGAAGCUACAGCGACGCAUCCAAAGGCGACAACAGCGAUAAUCACGCCGUCAGCAUGCCCUCUCUUCAAGCCCCUGAGACGAACGCUAGCUCGUCGAAGAUUCCAAAAGUGGCAGCAAUGACAAACCAGCAACAAGCGCAACUACUCCGCAACAACGACACGUUUGUAGGAAUGGAUAACUAUCUGCGUGGCGUGACCAAGCGCAUCGAAGCACCACAACUGGAGGCAGGUCAACUCUUUAAAGGGGAUGCGACACCAAAAGGCUCCGUGCGAGCUGGCAACGUAUCAGGUCCAGCGACUGUUUUGCUAGUUUCACCGGACACGGCAGUGCUUGACGAGCUACACCAAAUGCUCCGCAGUUUAUCUUCGCCAACUUUUCAGCUCGAGACCGAGAGCAUGACGGACGGUCGCCAGGCGCUUCGAGCGGCACAGGACUUCGACUACGACGUGAUUUUAAUCGAGCGCAAGCUGGCUGGGAGUGACAUGACGGGGCUGGAGUUUGCUCGAUUGCUGCGGCAGUCGCAGCUCAAGCGCAGACUCAAGAACAACUCCAUGAUCCUCACUACUAUCCUCUGCGUCACCUCGCAAACAGCACCCGAUGACUUGCAGCUUUACAAGGAUAGCGGGAUGGAUGGCUGCAUCGGAAAACCGGUCACCAGUGAGUCACUCCACCACACUUUGCAGGCAGCAUUCCGCGCCAGGAAGUCCAUGUCGUCUCGCGAGAGACCGUCGUCGUCCCCAAAGCAGCAACAAGGAGACGAAGCCAUGAUAGCACUCACGAAAUCCAAGCACGAACAACAGGUGCGGCACCGCAGGCGUCGACGUCGACUUGAGGCGUCACACUCGCUGGCCAUGCCAGGUCUUGGCGAAAUGGAUGCGCGCGACGACUACGUCCACGGGGUUUUCCAGAUGGACGCCGAGACUGCCAUUCCAUUUUGCGUUAUGGGCGGUGCUCGAACGAGUGCUGUGGAUAAUGCCACCGAGCACACAGACUCGAGCGAAGCGUUCUUCAACCUCGUCAUUGUCCAUGACCUCUUUGACACGUGGGAGCGCUUGCAGAUUUUACUUCAGCCACUAGUAGCACGCUACCGCGGUCGUGUGCAGGUGUUGCUGUGGAAUUACCCAGGCCAGGCUUACACUGCGUGGCGGAGAGGUACUCUACUCCAUAAUACUUUUCACGUAACAUGCUUGGCGGCGCUGCUCGGUCACGUGACUGGAGCUUCGGGAGGCGAACGACUGUUGCGAGACAAACCCUACCAUCUCGUCGGGAUUGGCAACGGUGGGAACAUCGCCAUGAGUUUCUGCUGCUCGGCUCAGCCGCGAGACAUCAACACCCGCUCACUUGUGCUCCUGAAUAGCUUCGCUCACGUGGACGCCCAGCUAGCUCAGUUCUUGCACGACAGCGCCAAAGUGCUGGCCUGUACUCCUGAAUCCCGGCCAGAUCUCCCCGUGUACUUCCAUGCUCGCUUCCUCUUCUCAGCGCCGUACCUUGCGAGGGUAUCGACGCCACUGGCGCUCAAUCUGUACACAGCAGUACUGAACCCCAUCACUCUCGAAGGUCGACAGGCACUCACGCUUGGUGCGCUGGCGCACCACGACCUCCGAACGGACCUCAAGCGUCUACGAAUUCCGUUGGUUUCCGUUUGUUCGGCGCAGAAUGCGCUGGUAGACGCCGGAGGUCACGCAGAGACAAUCCUGGCGCUGGCGAACCUGGAGCUUGUCGACUCAGUUGGCAAAGUGCUGCGAUAUCGACGGGUUAAGUCUGCGCAGCAGCGACACUCAGCAGGGCGGAGUAAACGCCCGAGCUGUGUCAUUUGGCUCCCAGGGGGCCAUGAGGCUCUGCAGGAGUGCAAGCAAGACGUUCUCGUGCUGCUUGAACAACUCGUCACCGGCUUCCAUGAGCAUAACGAUGUACCCCACGGAACAAGUCGGAAGCUGCAAGAAGUGUCGCCCACGAAGUACAAAUCGAGGUGUGAAGACGAACAACCGCAACGCGCACCUUCCGACAACCAGGGCAAGAAGAUCAAAGCCAAACCGCAGCGAAACUUCGAGGACGCCUUCAUUGACCGCGUGCUGACGACCCCGCUGGACGGCGCGCAAUGGCGUCUUCAUCAGCAGCAACUCGUUGAGCAGGCUGCAGGAGAGGCGUCUGGAGUUGGUAAAGCUCAAGCAGCGCCAUCGGCCAUCUCUGGGAACCCUCAGGCAGCCCCAAAGCAGUUCAAGCUCAUCGCCCUCACGACUUGGGACCCCACCACUCCAGCGUUUGAGCGCAUCAGCGCCAACGUCGUGUACCAGCCUGGUGCUGGUAGUAAAAUUUAUCCGCUGCUGCCUGAAGUCAAGGAGUACAUGGGUUGGCGAGUGCGACGCAACCAGAAGCGGCUGCAGCGGAUGGCCGCGAUGGCGCGUGUCAUCCAACGAGCCUUUCGAGCCUUUUACGCUCGCACGCUGACCCAACGUCUGUAUCGUGAGCAGUGUGCGAUCAACCUUCAGCGUCUCUGGCGGGCUCGAGUGGCUCGAAAGCGCUACAAAGGUAUCAAGCGUGAAGAUUGGGCUGUCCGGCUGCUCCAGCGUCACUGGCGCGGCAAGAUGGGCCGGACCUCGUACAAACAACGCAUGCUCGAGUACCUGUCGGCUCUGGACAUCCAGCGAGUAGCGCGGGGUUGGCUCGCGAGACGCCAAGUAAUGCGUAGACGGCAACAGAUCCACCAAGCGGCCGUGCGCAUCCAGCAGUUGAUGCGGAGGUACGUGGCGUGCAGGAAGUUGUUCAGGCAGCGACUGCAGCGGAACGCAGCGAUGAGCAUCCAGCGCGUGUUUCGAGGACUGCUUGGGCGUCGCCGCUUUGACCGAGAGCGCGAAAAGUUCCUCUUCUCCAAGACGCAAUCGCAAGGACUAACCUUUGGCAAGCAGCUGCUGCUCGAGUACAAGUUGUACGGCACCAAGCUGCAGAGCGACGUAGCGCUGCUCGCUCGAGAGAAGAGCGACGUCGAGGCCCAGGCCGAGAAGCUUGUCAAGGAGAUCUGCGAGUUCGACGAGGGCAUCCGGUUGCUUGAGGCCGAGCUGCUUGCUCUGGGGAAGGCUGAGACCGACAACAACGCGCCUGGGGGCGCCAACCGUACGCUUGAUGAGACUGCCAAGUGGGCACUACGCGAGCAGAAAAUGCGACUCGACCGCGAGUUCUCGCAGAUGCUCGCGCAGAUCGCCCAACGACGAGAGAAGCUUGGAACUCUGGAGGAGUCUCUCGCGCGCGUGGACCAGGAGAGACUGCGCAAGGAGGAAGAGCUCAAGGCGUUGGAGCGGAAGCUGGUGCUACUGCUCGAAGAACAACAGAAGGAGCUCGCUCGGAUUCGCGACAAGCAGGAGACGCGGACUCAGCUCGCACUGGACUUGAUUCCUCCCGGGUCUGUUCUUACCGGCUCGGGGGCAGGGAUGCCAAGCGCCAUGUCACCAGCACCCGGUAGCGUCUUCGCGAGUAGCCCCGUAGCCGGCUUUUCACAGCAGCAGCGCCAAGAGGCCGCGUCGCUUAUGGAGUCCACGGAGACCAUGAUGAAGUUCGGCUUCAUGUCCAUGUCCAUGACCUACUUCAGCAGCAUGAACAUGGUCCGCGCCAUGCGCAAGAUCGGCGCGCACCACCUCACGCUUGAUAGCGCUGCGGCUGUGUCCCAGCAUCGCUGGCCCGAGAACUCGGCGGCCGAGACGCCGUCAAAAGCUGCUGCUUCAGUCGGUGCGCUUGCAGCUAUGAGCCCCGCCGGCUUCCAGCCCAGUAUCCCGCCCGGAGGAUUCCCAGGACAGCAGCCGUUGCAGGUGGCAGCCUGGAGCGUGAGUGAUGUCGGUCGGUGGCUUGACACUCUGGCGUUAGCGCAGUACAAACGCGCGUUCGCUGAUGCCACCGUGGACGGAGCUUUGCUGCUGCAUCUCACGGACGACGACCUUCGCAACACGCUGGGCAUGGAGCACCGCCUGCACCGCAAAAAGGUGCUGACAACGGUGGAGGAGAUGCGCGUCCGAGAGCGCAACCAAAUGCGGCAGCUCUACGGCGACAGCAUCGGCGGCAUCACUUCGGCCUCCAACCCGGUUCCAGCAUCCUCCGUUGGCCCGCCUCAAAGCCUAAAUGAAGCUCCAGUUGCAGGCGGCGGAGGGCGAGUCGUCGUCUCGUUCAGCGAGUUCUGCAGCUUGGUCCGGCACGGCAAGGUGAAGCAGAUCCGCGAGGCUCUGCAGGACGUCCCCGAACGCAAAUUCGACCCGCUGACGGUCAAAACGCAGUUCACACCGGGCACUGGCACCAUCUACAACGACCAACUGGAGAAGAGCGUCUUCCACAUCAACAAGGGCGAUGACAACGGCAACUCACCACUGCUGCUCGCCACGCAGAACAACCACCUCAAAGUGGCGCAGCUGCUGCUGUCCAAGGGCGCCAACCCGGACCACCAGAACAGCCACGGCCACACCGCGGGCCACUACGCCAUGGCGUACAGCUUCUUCGACUUGGGCGCGUGGCUCCUGGACCCCGACAAGGGUGGCGCGCGCGACGAUAUCCUCAACGAGAACGGCCUCACAGCAUACGACGGUCUCAAUUGA